CCGCGCGCACAGGCGCGCGCGCCACACGAUGGACAUCAACAUUUCGCGCCCGGACAACGCCACCAUCCUGAUGCUCAAGAACCCAGCCAUCGCCGUGGUCCUCCCCGUGGUCUACUCCUUCGUGGCCUUGGUCAGCAUCCCGGGCAAUCUAUUCUCGCUGUGGGUCCUGUGCCGGGACAUCGGACCCAAAUCCCCGUCCGUUAUCUUCAUGAUUAAUCUGAGCGUCACGGACCUGGCACUGGCGAGCGCGCUCCCGUUCCAGAUCUAUUACCACUGCAACCGGCACCACUGGGUGUUCGGGCCGCGCCUGUGCACCGUGGUCACGCUGGUCUUCUACGCCAACAUGUACUCGUCCAUCCUCACCAUGACCUGCAUCAGCGUGGACCGCUUCCUGGGCGUGGUGUACCCGCUGGCGUCCGCGCGCUGGCGGCGGCGCCGGUACGCGGUGGCCACGUGCGCGGGGAUGUGGUGCCUCCUGCUCGCCGCGCUCUCGCCGCUGGCGCGCACCGACCUCACCUACGCGGUGGAGGAGCUGGGCAUCAUCACCUGCUUCGAUGCCAUCUGUGUUCACCAUCCAGGUCCUUGUGUUAUUAAUGGGCUGAGGUACCCAACAAACUGGUUUUGGUGA